CUGGCCAACCGGGACAGCGGCAUCGACAGCAUCAGCUCGCCGUCGCACAGCGAGGAGCUGUGCUUCGCCGGCGUGGAGGAAGGGGGCGUGGCCUAUCCCUGUAGCCCCGCCCUCCUGCCGCGCCUCUCCAGCUCCUCCUCCUACGCAGAGGAAGGGGGAGGGGCCACGGCGAGCCGGAGGAGAGAGUUCUCCGAGGAGGGAGACAGCGACCUGGAGGAAGAGGAGGAGGAGGAGGAAGAGGCGCAGCUAACGCUGGUGCUGCCUCCGCCCAAGACAGACAGACAGGACUCUGCUGAGCUGUCUGUCCAGCAGAGGGUCUUCAACAUCGCCAACGAGCUGCUGCACACAGAGAUCGCCUACGUCUCUAAGCUCCACCUGCUGGACCAGGUUUUCUGUGCCCGGCUCCUGGAGGAGGCGCGCUCUCGCUCCUCCUUCCCGUGCGACGUGGUCCAGGGAAUCUUCUCCAACAUCUGCUCCAUCUACUGUUUCCAUCAGCAGUUCCUGCUGCCAGCGCUGCAGAAACGCAUGGAGGAGUGGGACUUGAACCCCCGGAUCGGGGACAUCCUGCAGAAGCUGGCUCCGUUCCUGAAGAUGUACGGCGAAAGCGGCGUGAAGAACUUUGACCGAGCCAUGGAGCUGGUCAACAUCUGGAUGGAGAGAUCGGCUCAGUUCAAGACCAUCGUCCAGGAGAUCCAGAGGGAGGAGCGUUGUGGGAACCUGACUCUGCAGCAUCACAUGUUGGAGCCGGUUCAGAGGAUUCCUCGCUACGAGCUGCUGCUCAAAGACUAUCUGCACCGCCUGCCGGAGGACGCCCCGGACCACCGGGACGCCCAGAAGUCUCUGCAGCUCAUCGCCACGGCAGCAGAACACUCCAACGCUGCCAUCAGGAAGAUGGAGCGGAUGAGGAAGUUGCUGAAGGUGUACGAGUUGUUGGGAGGAGAAGAAGACAUCGUUAACCCGACAAACGAGCUGAUUAAAGAAGGACACAUCCUCAAACUGUCCAACAAGAACGGGACCACGCAGGACAGAUACCUCAUACUGUUCAAUGACAGGUUGCUCUACUGUGUCCCGAAGCUGCGUCUGAUUGGUCAGAAGUAUGGCGUCCGUGCUCGCAUCGAUGUGGACGGGAUGGAGCUGAAGGAGACCAGCAGUGUUGCAGUUCCCAGGACGUUCCUUGUGUCUGGAAAACAGAGAUCCCUGGAGCUGCAGGCCAGGACAGAAGAGGACAAGAAAGACUGGAUACAGGCCAUACAGGUGACCAUCCAGAGACACGAGCAGACGCUGGAGGGCUUCAGACAUCUCAACUGUUCCCUACGAGACGACGAGUCCACACCGCCUCACUCUCCGAGCUGCGUGGAGUUGGGGAAGCGAGCUCCGACUCCGAUCCGAGAGAAGGAAGUCACUCUGUGUAUGAAGUGUCAGGAGCCUUUCAACUCCAUCACCAAGAGACGCCACCACUGUAAAGCCUGCGGACACGUGGUUUGUGGGAAAUGUUCGGAGUUUCGUGCUCGUCUUUCGUACGACAACAACCGCACCAACCGGGUGUGUGUGGACUGCUACGCCAUGCUGGUGGGGGCCUCGCCGUCAGCCGCCACGCUGAGCACCAGCACGCAGCGCAGGCGCUCCAUCCUGGAGAAACAGGCCUCCCUGGCAGCCGAGCACAGUGUGAUUUGUAGUUUUCUUCACCACAUGGAGAAAGGAGGCGGGCGGGGCUGGCAGAAGGCCUGGUUUGUUAUCCCCGAAAACGAGCCACUGGUGCUCUACAUCUACGGAGCUCCACAGGACGUAAAGGCGCAGCGCAGCGUGCCUCUGAUCGGCUUCGAGGUCUCCCUUCCCGAGUCAUGUGACCGCCUGGAGCGCCGCCACGCCUUCAAGAUCUCCCAGAGUCACCUGACGCUGUACUUCAGCGCCGACGGGGAGGAGCUGCAGCGGCGGUGGAUGGACGUCCUGCUGAGGGCCGGCAGGGGGGGAGGAGCCUCCGGUCUACCGGCCAAUCGUGGAGCGGCUGGAGGAGGAGACGGAGGAGCUGGCGGCCGCGGCGGAGGGAGAAAACACGUGAUUCUGUUCGGACGAGGAAGGAUGGCUAGAACGAAGACCGGUCGCUAAUGGAUACCGUUACAAAAUAUGUUCAUACACUCGUAGCUGAUACAACACACACACACACACACACACACACACACACACACACACACACACACACUGCAUGAUUCCUCCUCCAGUCAGACACAAGAUGGCGUCUCUCUCUGUUGUUUUUUUUUUUUUCCCACCUGUGUCGGACAAUAUUUCUGGGGGUCCCGGGACCAUCCUUAUUGUUUACAGUCCGAGUCCAUUCUU